AUGUCAUCCUUCCCCCCCAUCCGCUCCCACGCCCCUCUCUCCGUACCAGCAGCCUACGCCCAAAAACUGCUCUCCACAUACAUAACCCUCUCCAACACACACGCCUACCUACUCCCCAACGUCCAACUCACAGCCUCAGGCCCCACAUCCGGAAGCAGCACAAGCAUCACACUGCGCAACCUCCAACGAGUGGAAGCAGGAUUACGCGGGGAAUGGUUGGCGCCGGUGGUGGAUCUAGAAGUGGCCAUUGCGCAGGGGAAGGAGAAGGAAGGGAAGGAGGAGGGGUGGCAGAAUCUGGAGGAUUAUCAGUUGGAGCAGGAGGAUGUGGAGGGGGAGGUUGUGGGGGAGAGUACGGUUGUUGCGCAGACUGGGGAGGAGGAGGAAGAGGAUGGGGAUGUGGAGCAUGAGUAUGCUGGGGAUGAGACUGUGACAAGCACAAAAUCAUUGAAAAGGAAGAGCGCCACUGCCGUUGCGGAUGCAGAUGUGGAAGCAGAACCCAAAGCCAAGAAAUCAACGAAGGACAAGGAAGCCCGAAAACAGGAGAAGAAAGAGAAACUCAAGCGGGAGAAGAGAGAGAAGGAGGAGAAGAGGAAGGCUGCUGCUGCACAGAAACAGGUGGAAGUGUAA